UUAGAAAAUCCGAAGCCGCUUUUUCUUCUUCUUUCUUCUUCUUCAUGAAUCUUCCAACGGUUAAUUGAUUCAUUCAUGGCUCUGAAGCCUUCGCUUUCCUCGAGUUCUUCUUCCUUCGUUGGCCUCGCAUGGAGAUUCACCGCUGCGCCUGGUCUCAGGAUAGCGUCUUCAAGGUCCCUUUCGAUUUGCAGAGCUUCAUGGCAAGAGCUCGCCGGCGUUCUGGUCUUCUCGGCGAUUCCGUUCACGGCGGUCAAAGCCAUCGCGAAUAGCUCGUUGGGUGAAUCUUUGAGACGGAGAUUGGAGGAGAAGAAGAAAGAGGCAGUGGAGAAUUCCUCCAGAUUCAAGGCUCUCGCUCAGAAGGCUAGAAACGAUAGCAUGUGGUAUGGAGAAGAACGCCCUCGAUGGCUUGGUCCAAUCCCAUAUGAUUAUCCUCCUCACCUUACCGGAGAACUACCCGGGGAUUAUGGUUUUGAUAUUGCAGGACUUGGAAAGGAUCGUGCGAAUUUUGACAAGUACUUUAACUUUGAAAUUCUCCAUGCCCGUUGGGCCAUGCUUGCAGCACUUGGUGCUCUCAUUCCAGAAGUAUUCGAUCUAGCUGGUGCUUUUCAUUUCGCUGAACCUGUAUGGUGGCGAGUUGGCUAUUCUAAGCUUCAGGGAGAGACACUGGACUACCUCGGGAUCCCGGGCCUCCAUCUAGCUGGAAGCCAAGGCGUCAUCGUUAUCGCCAUUUGCCAAGCACUCUUGAUGGUAGGACCCGAAUACGCAAGAUACUGCGGGAUCGAGGCCUUAGAGCCGUUGGGAAUAUACUUGCCCGGAGACAUAAACUAUCCAGGAGGAGGGCUUUUCGACCCCCUAAACCUCUCGAGGGACCCAAGAGCUUUUGAAGAUCUAAAGAUUAAAGAGAUUAAGAACGGGCGCUUAGCCAUGGUAGCAUGGCUCGGGUUUUACGCUCAAGCGGCUGUGACGGGUAAAGGUCCUGUUCAAAACCUUCUUGAACACAUAUCUGAUCCGUUGCAUAACAAUAUCCUUGCCAUUCUCCAUUUGUGAAUAAUCUGUUCAUAUUUUUCAUAAACGUUAGAAGAUCAAACUGUGUAUUAUGUAUGAUUCAAAUGAAACCUUCUUUGAUCUCACCCAGACUAUACUCAUUAUCCUUGAGAUCCAACCUA